CCGUGCCACACUGGGAUCCGCCUGGCAGCCGCCGGGAGCCGCAGCCAAUGUGUUAGGACUUCAGGUGCUUCUUGGCACAAAGCUAGACUGCGACCUCCUACCGUAGCGCUUGGCGUCACCUGCUCUCCCGGCCCUGCCCCGGGGCCGAGGGAUUGCGUCCCGAACCAGGCUUGGGAAUCGGCUGCCUCUCAAAUGAACCUCUAGUCUUGCUUUGAAAAGCCAUUUUGUGUAACUCUUGACUGAAUAAUUUCCUAAUACACCUGUUGGGAGGAUCACUGACACAGUAUGACAUUUGAGAGGUACUUUUUCUUGACCAGAUACUGGUGAUUAGAGAAGAGAGGUUUUUUUUUUUUUUUUUUCCUCCUGAUCAUUAUGAACAUUGGCUUUUUACUCCUGAAGUAAAAAUGUUGAAAGCUGAGUCUUCAGGUGAACGAACCACUCUCAGAAGUGCCUCUCCUCACAGGAAUGCGUAUAGAACUGAGUUCCAGGCACUGAAAAGUACCUUUGACAAACCCAAGUCAGAUGGAGAACAAAAAACAAAAGAAGGUGAGGGCUCCCAGCAGAGCAGGGGGAGGAAAUAUGGCUCCAAUGUCAACAGAAUUAAAAACCUAUUUAUGCAGAUGGGUAUGGAACCCAAUGAGAAUGCUGCAGUCAUUGCCAAAACAAGGGGGAAAGGUGGACCUUCAUCUCCUCAGAGAAGAAUGAAGCCCAAAGAAUUUCUGGAGAAAACAGAUGGCUCGGUUGUUAAGUUGGAGUCCUCUGUUUCAGAACGAAUUAGUAGAUUUGACACAAUGUGUGAUGGCCCUUCAUAUUCUAAGUUCACAGAAACUCGGAAGUUGUUUGAGAGAAGUGUGCAUGACUCAGGACAAAACAACCGAUAUUCCCCAAAGAAAGAGAAAGCUGGGGGGAGUGAACCUCAGGAUGAAUGGGGUGGUUUGAAGUCCAACAGAGGCAGUACUGAUUCCUUGGACAGCCUUAGCUCCCGGACAGAGGCUGUCUCCCCAACCGUGAGUCAACUGAGUGCAGUAUUUGAGAACACCGAUUCCUCCAGUGCCAUCACUUCCGAGAAGGCUGAAAACAAUGAGUACUCGGUGACUGGGCAUUACCCCCUGAAUUUACCAUCUGUUACUGUUACAAAUCUUGACACCUUUGGUCACCUUAAGGAUUCUAAUUCUUGGUCUCCUCCAAGCAAAUAUGGUGAUGAUGCAGAGGAUGCUCAGAAGAGUAAUAUAACUCCAGUACCAGAAGUGGCUUCAAAAAGUACCUCUCUAGCUUCGAUGCCUAGUGAAGAGACACAGCAGAGCAAGGAAGCUGAGCACUCCACCUCUAACCAAGAGACUACUGACAGAAUUGACAGAGACAUUGCCGAAGAGCCUUGUGCUGAGGAUAAGGCAAUGCCAGAGUCUAAAAUCCCUUCACCACAAAAUGAACCUUUAGUAGACGCUGAAGCUAAUUUGAGUGGGAGUGAGGCAGCAAGGCAACAGAAGAAACAACUAGCAGGUGGUGAUUUUACCUCUCCUGAUGCUUCUGGAUCCAGUUGUGGAAAAGAAGGACCCGAAGAUUCCAAUAAUUUUGAGAGUUCCCACGUUUACAUGCACAGUGACUAUAGUGUGUAUAGGGUCAGAUCCAGGUAUCAUUCAGACUGGGGAGAGACGGGCACUGAGCAGGAUGAGCAGGAAGAUAGUGAUGAACACAGCUACUAUCAACCUGAUAUGGAAUACUCAGAAAUCACUGGAUUGCCAGAAGAAGAAGACAUCCCAGCAAAGAGGAAAAUUAAGUUUAGUAGUGCUCCAAUUAAGGUUUUCAGCACAUACUCCAAUGAAGACUAUGACAGGAGAAAUGAUGAAGUUGACCCUGUGGCUGCUUCAGCCGAGUAUGAACUUGAAAAGCGUGUAGAAAAGCUGGAACUUUUCCCAGUGGAACUAGAGAAAGAUGAGGAUGGACUUGGUAUAAGUAUUAUUGGAAUGGGUGUUGGAGCAGAUGCUGGACUUGAAAAGCUGGGAAUAUUUGUCAAGACAGUAACAGAAGGUGGUGCUGCUCAACGGGAUGGCAGAAUACAAGUCAAUGACCAGAUUGUGGAAGUGGAUGGAAUCAGCUUGGUGGGUGUCACACAGAAUUUUGCUGCAACAGUUCUCAGAAACACCAAGGGCAAUGUCAGAUUUAUUAUUGGGCGAGAAAAACCCGGGCAAGUGAGUGAGGUAGCCCAGUUGAUAAGCCAGACGCUGGAACAAGAAAGGCGCCAGAGAGAGCUGCUUGAGCAGCACUAUGCGCAGUAUGAUGCUGAUGAUGAUGAGAACACUGUGGCUGAAUUGCAAGGAGUGCCUGGCAACUGCAAUAACAAUAACAACUAUUUCCUUAAGACAGGAGAAUAUGCCACAGAUGAAGAGGAGGAUGAGGUGGGACCUGUUCUUCCUGGCAGUGACAUGGCCAUUGAAGUCUUUGAGCUGCCUGAGAAUGAGGACAUGUUUUCCCCUUCAGACCUGGACACAAGCAAGCUCAGUCACAAGUUCAAAGAGUUGCAAAUCAAACAUGCAGUUACAGAAGCAGAGAUUCAAAAAUUGAAGACCAAGCUGCAAGCAGCAGAAAAUGAGAAAGUGAGGUGGGAACUAGAAAAAACCUCACUCCAACAGAAUAUAGAAGAGAAUAAAGAAAGAAUGUUGAAGUUGGAGAGCUACUGGAUUGAGGCUCAAACAUUAUGCCACACGGUGAACGAACACCUCAAAGAGACUCAAAGCCAGUAUCAGGCCUUGGAAAAGAAAUACAACAAGGCAAAGAAAUUGAUCAAGGAUUUUCAACAAAAAGAACUUGAUUUCAUCAAAAGACAGGAAGCAGAAAGAAAGAAAAUAGAAGAUUUGGAAAAAGCUCAUCUUGUGGAAGUUCAAGGCCUACAAGUGCGGAUUAGAGAUUUGGAAGCUGAGGUGUUCAGGCUACUGAAGCAAAAUGGGACUCAAGUUAACAAUAACAACAACAUCUUUGAAAGAAGAACCUCUCUUGGUGAGGUCUCUAAGGGAGACGCCAUGGAGAACUUGGAGGUCAAGCAGACAUCUUGUCAAGAUGGCCUAAGUCAAGACUUGAAUGAAGCAGUCCCAGAGACAGAGCGCCUGGAUUCGAAAGCACUGAAAACCCGAGCCCAGCUCUCUGUGAAGAACAGACGCCAGAGGCCCUCCAGGACAAGACUCUAUGAUAGUGUCAGUUCAACAGAUGGGGAGGACAGUCUAGAACGAAAGCCUGCAAACAGUUUCCAUAACCACAUGCAUAUUACCAAAUCACUUCUGCCCAAGGGUUUAAGAACUUCUUCUCCAGAAUCAGAUUCUGGUGCUCCAUCCCUCACUUCAGUGGCUGGCAGUGUGCCCUUCUCAUCUGACCACACGGCUGAAUUUCAAGAAGGACCACUGCGCCCAGAAGGGGAGCCUUCCUCCUCAGUUUGGGGAGAUGCUUCACUCUCCUCUCCUUCAAAAUCUGAUCAUGAUGUGAAAGAAUCUCUUUGCCACCGUCAAGCCACCACCAAGAACGUGUUACAAGAAAAAGAUGGUGCCAAAGGUCCCAGAUCACUAAGGGCAUCCAGUUCACUGGUGGUGCAAGGAGGAAAAAUUAAGCAGAAGUUUGUGGAUCUGGGGGCGCCUUUGCGAAGGAAUUCCAACAAGGGAAAGAAAUGGAAAGAAAAAGAAAAAGAAGCCAAUAGGUUUUCUCCAGGUAGCAGGUACGGGAUCUUCAGAAGCAGGCUGGAACACUGGAAAACAAAGCCGUCCUCUGCAGCUCAGGCCUCCACUCGCUCACCUUGCAUGCCUUUCCUGUGGUUUAAUGAAAGCCGGAAAGGAUCCUAUUCCUUCAGGAACCUGCCUUCAUCUACAAGUCCCCUUCAGCCUUCUCCUGAGACUCUAAUUUCAGAUAAAAAGGGGUCCAAGAAUUUUGCCUUCAAUGACGACUUCAGUCCCAGCAGUACCAGUUCGGCAGACCUGAGUGGCCUAGGAGCAGAACCCAAAACACCAGGGCUCUCACAGUCCUUAGCACUGUCAUCAGAUGAGAGCCUGGAUAUGAUAGAUGACGAGAUCCUUGAUGAUGGACAGUCUCCCAAACACAGUCAGUGUCAGAAUCGGGCCGUUCAUGAAUGGAGUGUGCAGCAGGUUUCUCACUGGCUAAUGAGCCUAAAUCUGGAGCAGUAUGUAUCUGAAUUCAGUGCCCAAAACAUCACUGGAGAGCAACUCCUGCAGUUGGAUGGAAAUAAACUUAAGGCUCUUGGAAUGACAUCAUCCCAGGACCGAGCAGUGGUCAAAAAAAAACUCAAGGAAAUGAAGGUGUCUCUAGAGAAGGCUCGGAAGGCUCAAGAGAAAAUGGAAAAACAAAGAGAAAAGCUGAGGAGGAAGGAACAAGAGCAAAUGCAGAGGAAAUCUAAAAAGACAGAAAAGAUGACAGCUGCCACAGAGGGUGCUGGUGAGCAGUAACACACACCCUCUCACAGAGAAGAGAAGUCUUCACCCUUCCUGCCCUGCUUUCCUCUGGAGGAUGAAAAAGAAAACCGAUGACAGGGGUAAUGUGCUAUAGGCAGAUUGGGGAACCAUGUGUUGAAUAACUGCAUUUUCUGCAAUAGAAUACACUCUUAAUUUUAACCCACUGAAAUAAUCCCCAGCCACCUUUGGUUUAUUAACAAACCCAGGAUCUCAUUUUUGAGAGAGGCACAGUAGCUGUGUUUCUCUCUUCUCUUACUUACCAACAUCCUGUGUUGUGUUGGGUGGGUUGUGUCAGUUGGAGAACCAGUGUGACUCUGCCCAACAUGACACACCCCGGUGUUGUUAAUGGAGCGCCAUGAAUUUUCCUUACGGGAUCCUAAACCUGGGCAAUUGCACGUAUCUGCAUGGCCGAGAGCACCACUCUGCCAUGAGAUCUGGGCUGCAGAAUCUACUCCAAUGUGUGGGAAAGUUUCCCUCUCAUUUCUGUGUCUGGACAGUGAGACGGCUGCACUGGGGGAAUGUGGGAGCUCUGCCAUAUAAUGACCUACUAUGGCAAAAGGCAAGCAAACUGUUCUGUUUGCUGGGUGUCAGAAAAAGAGAAAAGAAUUAUAGUUAUUUGUUAGCACCAGAAGGAAGCAAAAGUCUUAAGAAUGUGGAUGUGGGUAUUACCUUGGGGUUCUAAGGGUAACAUUUAUCCUCCAGAUUUAGCCAAACAAAGAAAAGAUCAGACGUUAAUGCAGCCGUGGGAGAUUGGGAUCUGGUGUUUACUUGGCUACUACUGCAUGUUCAGUAUUUCAGCAAUACUGACACACACAACAUAAUUCCUUUUUUCCUGAACAAAUUGAGCAGGAAAUUGAUUUUUAAGGAAACCAGCAUUUUCAGGUUUCCUCUCCUGGGGAACAUUCUGCCUGGUCUUCAGUCUGCCUAUGACACAGUCAGGAACUCGUCACAUAUUUUGUACUCAAGAGUUCCCAAGUGGGCCCAGUUAGUGUUUUAACAAAUGUACUUUUAAGAAAAAUAGAAAUACCAGUUAGAGAAAAUUUAGAUUUGAGUAACAUUCAACCAGAGAAGCAAUUUUAUUGAGCACACAGAAUGUUCCCAUAAAGGAGAGCUGUCAGUUACAUUUUAGAGAUGUUUUGAAUGGUUUUUCUGAGCCAUUCUCUUCUACUCUUUAAAGAUUUCCACUUUACAGUUCAAGUUUAUGUAAGAUAGUACACAAGAUACAACCUAGCAGUGGAGGCAGUUAUACUUAUUUUAAAGCCAGUAUUAAGGAUUUCAGUAUUGUAUCAAACUAAUUCAAGUGCAGGAGAGUAGGGCAGGAGGAGGAAAUAAAUUCAUCUUGAGAAAUUUCAAAUGAUGGGUUGUUUUUUAUUAUUGUUGUUUUGCUUUUUAUUUAUGCUCAUGUAUCUGGUUCUCUUUACUUCAUUGGCUCUAGAAAUGAGGUCAUUCACUUUCCAAGGGAUGAGUUUCAAGAUAAGAGUUGAGGCCAAAUGAAUUCUUGGACAAGUGUUUUACUUCCUUUACUACGUGGGGGGUCUCUGUCCGUAUCUUCCACUGGAAACAUUAUAUAUGCAGAGCCUGGGGGAAGGCUUUUGAAGGUUACAGAUAACGGAUAAUGUAAAGGGGCUCCUGCC